GGUCGACUGUUUCUUUAAGAGGAAACUCAUCACUCAGACCCUGCCAGAGAGGGGUCAGAGUUGCCUUCUUUUAUUGCAGUUUGUAUCAGUUUUGAUAGAGGUUUAACUGAAAAGGAACAGACACUAAUGGGCUGCCAAGGCCAGUUUCACCUGCAUUUGUCCUAUUAUUCCUGUGAAGAACAGUUCUGUAAAACGGACACCUUUUAAUCUCCUUUCUUCUAAGUUUCUAUUCUGUCCUGUGGAACCUACACAGAAGCUGAUGCAUAAGGUGCCUGCUUUGAUGGAAAAAUAGCAAAUUUUGCUACAGCUCCAGCAGUAUUCGUGUCAGCUUGUGAUUCCAGAUCAAGGAUGUACACAGAGUCUUUUCUGUUCCGACUGCUGUGCAUUCUCUCAGUGCUACUGACCUUUCUCACCAGUGUGUAUGGUGCAAACUGCAAGGCACGCUGUAAUCUGGCCCAUGGCAGUUGUGAUGAAAGUGGCAAGUGCAGAUGCGACCCAGGCUGGGAGGGGGAGCAAUGUGAAAUGUGUGUCCGAAUGCCUGGCUGUGCCAACGGGACCUGCCAUCAACCUUGGCAGUGUAUGUGUGAGAGCGGGUGGACAGGGCGAUUCUGUGAUAAAGAAAUCUACAUUUGUGACCACCAGAAGCCAUGCCAAAACAAUGCCAACUGUACUGAUGAUCUGGAAGGGGAUUAUUUCUGUACUUGCCCCGAAGGAUUUCUUGGCAAGAACUGUGAACUAAAGAAAGGGCCAUGUGAGACAACAUGGUAUCCAUGUAAGAAUGGAGGCACUUGCUGGGAUGACAAUGGGUAUGCUAGCAAUCUCACCUGUCGCUGUUUGGCUGGAUUUGUGGGCACAUUCUGUGAGAUUAAUGUUGACGACUGCCUUAUGAGACCAUGUGCCAAUGGUGCUACCUGCCAUGAUGGAGUAAAUCGCUUCAUUUGUGAGUGCCAGCCUGGGUUUGAAGGGCGUUUCUGCACUGUCAACCUUGAUGAUUGUGCUAGUAACCCAUGCAAAAAUGGAGGAAAGUGUUAUGACUUGGUAAAUGACUUCAGCUGUGUCUGCCCAGAUGGCUAUGUUGGUAAGAACUGCACAAUUCCAGUGACAAAGCCUGACUCAAAUGUUGAAAGUAAACCACCUCCUCAAAUUUCGAAAGCAACCGAUCGUCAUGUAACUAGAACCACAACCAGUAGGUAUUCAAAGAACACUUUCUCUCAACCAAUAAGAAGCCCCGAUACUGUAAGACAGAACUACACCUCUUUAUCUCAAAGCACUCAGCAGCCAGACAGAGGGUUGGUUAUUUCUGUAAAGGAAGUUGUAAAUCCUAGUCACUUCCCUCUUACCCGAACACAAAUUAUCAUUGUGGCAGUUUUUGGCAUUUGCACUCUGUUGCUUGUAGCAGUCACAACAGGUCUCAUACUGAAGAGUCGACGGAAACAAUGGCACAAGGGCCGGCACUGCCAAAGUGUCUCUAACAGUGUAAGAAACAGGACAGAACAGGAGUGCCAAGUCAGCUUCUUAUCCAAAGACAUUCCAGAACCUAGUAAAACACAAGAUGCCAACCUUAUAUGACAUGGGAUUUUAAGCAGUUGUUUCAGAGUUCAGAAGCUUGUGGUUUGCUGGUUAAACUUGCUGAAACUGGGAUCCUUCUAAAAUUACUUGAAGCUCUCCAGUGUAGUGUGGAUUUAUUGAACAGAAUCCACAAACCAGUAUCCCAAAGGUCUCAGCAGAGUUUUCUUCAAGAGAUUUAACUCCCUAAGGUUACCUUGCCAGACACAUGGAAAAUACUACUGGAACUGACAAAACUGGUGGUUUUCUAGCACUGAAUGGAAUCCUUGCAUUAGCUGACUCUCUUUAGGAGCAGAGAAGCAUCAACAAUGAAUGAGAGUUUAAUCUCGUAGACUUGUGUUUACCAAACAAAAAACUUGCAUCAUGCUGGUAUAAGGCCAAGAAAACAGCUGCUCGAGAUUUGGAGAUGUUACCAGAACAAGCUGGAAUUCACCAACUGGCAGAGGAGUGUUCUGUAACUAUUAACAGGAAUGACAGUGAGGGGUACAAGGAGAGAGCAGAAUAGUACCUGCCCCCAUACUUGCUAGCAUAAACCUACACUGCUCCUUCUAAUGCACUUAAACAGGCAGCAAGCUUACCACAAUGUGUGGAAUAGGAUAAGAAAACUACAAGUCUCGACGUUUCUGUGGGCUGUUUAACACAGUAAUAAGACCAAGGUAGUACUUUUGAAAAACACAUCCCUAGUGGAGCUCAUCCUGUAAUAAAACUGGGUUUUUUGAAUGUACAGUGUUUUAAGAAUUCUAACUGCCAGACUUUCUCCUACAUUGAUGCUAUGGAUAUACUAGCUCUAUAGAAUAAUGUAACAUAAUGUCCUGCAGUGAAGAGCAUCUGGUUUUGCCUCGACUCCUGUUUCGCCAUGCACUUCCCAGUCCUCUGUCCAUCAUGGAAAGAGCGCUACAAGUAAUAUAUUACUUCACUGUGUUGUAUAUCAAAGUUAGGUACAAGAAAACAAGGAAAAGGGAACAUAAAGUUUGCAAAUAUGUUAACUUAGGACUUUAAUUUACGAUUUCAGAGUAAUUAAAAAAAAGCACUCAGCAGUGACUUACCUUGGAACAUUAUGAAGACAUUAGAAAUGGCUUCUUGUUCACCAAAGACAGUGAAAGGUGAAAACAUUCUUUUUUAGCCCAACAAACAUUUUGAGACAGUAGUGUUUGAAUAGACUCUCAUAUAAUGUUACAGGAGCUGACAAGUAUGCUCUCUUUUCUUCCAGAAUGGAGUAUGGAUUUAGGAAUGUUUCAAGAAUGGAACACCAUCCAGUUUGUACGUGCUUGGUCUUUAUGACAGAACUUGGAAUCUGCCUUUCUGAGGGACUGAUACUGAAAAGCUGGCUCAGUCAGCCAAGCAGCACUGUGUGUACUGCUUACUGCAUAAAAGACACAUCUGGGCACGUGACUGGAUUAGCUAAACCGAAAUGUAUUGUAAAGUAUCAUAUGGUUCCUAUGUUUCUGCUCCAUUUGUUAGCACAUUCCAUGUCAUAUACAUAUAUGUAGAGACAGAAAGAAAAUUACCUUGCAUGUCAGUCUGUGUCAUGAAAACAAUUCAAAGUAGUGAUAAGAGGCACUAAAACUGCAAACUUACUAUAAGGUCAUCUUAUACUAAAUACAGGUAAUUUCAGGAUUUAUCUGAAGAACAGAAUAGAAAAACAUGACAAUCCUUAUAGUUGAAACUGUUGUAACACGUCUGUCUGUCUGUGUGUUGCAUAACUAAUGACAUAUGGUAGGACAUGUUGUUGAACAGGGAUUAAUGCACAGGUUGUGGACUACUGAGGGAUUUUAGCCUUUAUCACCACCCUAUUCCUUUGAAGUGUAAGUUUUACUGACUAAAUUAUGCAACAGCUGAAAUCUUCUUUUACGAAAACCUGUAUUUGCAAAAUAUUAAUUAGUUUUAAAGAUGAGGGCAAGAGAGAACAGCUAAAAUAAUAAUGCUUGGACAGCAACCCAGAGCUGAGGACCAAGCAACAUUCCGACCUGUCUCCAAGGUAGUGAACUAAUGAUUAACCAUAUUUAAUGUUACAAGAAAGUGUGACAAAGAUGGCUGCAGAAAGGUAGGCUUUUAGCAUUUACAUCAGCAGAACCUGGCAUUUGUGUGAAGUUGAUUUCUAAGAAUUUGUAGUGGUGCCCCCACCUUAAGGCCUAAUAAGUUUAUUAAAUAUGAUAGUCCAACAUUUUUAUAUUUAUUUCUAUCAUAUGUUUCAAAAUUGGGACCAUCUGACAGAUACUUCAAGCAGGCCUUUAAAGAAGUAUGCAAAUUUUAAAUCUUUAGAAAUCUAGAACACACACACACUUACACAUUAUAAUUUAAACUACACUAGGAGACAGCCCUAAAGGUGUAUGUAUCAUAACAUAUAUGUUACUAUAUUUGAUUGGUAAUAUACCUGAUAUAAUCAGCACGGUGAAAAAAUGAGCCUGGCAGUGCAGGUGAUCUACAUAUUGUAUGGCUACUACAAAUGAGUAAAAACAGACUGGUAUGCUUUUUAGUUUUGUUUCCUUGCCUGCUUUCUGUUUCUCUUCUGUUUUGUUACCAUAUCCAGAGUUCACUUUUCCUCUUUCCUCAUUAGUACCUUUUUCAUCUUGUAUAGAGUAUAUUUAAGCCCCUGAAGCAAUGUAUUUUACUUUAUCAUGCCAAGUGCAACAUCUUUAACUGCCAGUAUGUGCACAAGACAACAGGGAAUAGUAAGGCGGCAAGGGUAAGGUCUGUAGCAGUAGACAGUGGACUUCCCAUUCCUUACUCGCAGUCUCUGCCAUUGAUGCUAAAGUGUUUUCUCCCCUCUGUAGCCUUUAGGGUUUUUUGGUCGCAGAACCAUAGAGAAUAAAACUGUGAGGUGAUGGUAACUGGAGUUGUGGGAUGGGUUGAUAUGUAAACCCUAGCAUGGGGUAACAUGAAAGGUAACAAGGUUAACUUAUCUGAGCAGGAGGAAAUCAGGAAUGUUGCACACUAACAAGCAAGUUCGAUGUAUGAAUGCAUGGAACUUGUGCUUUUUUAUUUUUCUGCACUAUGUAAAUUCAUGAAAGGAAAUGACAGAACGGUAAAUCUAGCAUUCUUACUUGAAGAUUAAGUCUCCUAUGAGAUUAUACCUUUUUCAUCAUUAACUUCUAAAAAGAUUAAUGGCUCUAGUUAGAUAUUAUUGGCCUUGUUCUGUUUUUACUGCUGUAUUGGUCAGCACCCAAUGAAGAUGUAUGUAAAUAAUGUGUAAAAUAGGGUUUGCUUCCAUACAAACCUACAAGUCACCUCUGUGGACAAUCCUUUGCAUUGUCUGACCAGCUUUGUUUUCCAAGCUAGUAUUGUAAAAACCUAGUUCAGCAUUGCUCAGGUGAAAAACUCCAUCCAGUGAUAGAGGGUGAGUGAUCAACUCAUAAAAAAGGAGUUACAUAAAAUGCAGAAUUAAAGAUCCUUCUGUAAGGGUCCAGUUAAGGUUAAUAAAGAUAAUAAUUGUCAUUGGAUGCAUGUUCUUAAAUGCAAAGAAUAUGAACAGAGCAAAAAAUAGGUUUGUGUGUGUGUG